GAUGUCAGCACUGUAUUAGAACUCUAUACUGUGACGUGUCCACAUUGUGAUGAAGUUUUAUCCGGUAAUCAGACUCUUUACGCUCUGCGAGAUCAUAUCAGAGUAGCUCAUAAAGAACUACAGGAGCCUUCAGAUAAAAAGGAAGAAACUAAACAUGUGUGUAGUAAAUGUAGUUUCUCAUUUCUGGACAAGUCCCAUCUGGAGAAACACGAACUUAUCCAUACAGAAUCAGAUAAGGAACAGAAACAAGUGAACAGUGAUGACGUCAGUUCCAGUCUCCGAAAAUACAAGUGCCUAGAGUGUGGAAAAGCGUUCAAGUUCAAGCAUCACUUGAAGGAACAUGUUCGAAUCCACAGUGGAGAGAAACCUUUCUCGUGUCCGAAUUGCAAGAAGAGGUUCUCCCACUCUGGCUCCUACUCCUCCCACAUGACGAGUAGAAAGUGUCUUAUCGUCCAUUCGAAGGUUCGAAAACUUGACACUAAACCUUUAACAAUUUGUGGAACUAACCAAAAAUCAUCCGCCCAAGCUUGUCAAAGUACAGUGUUGGAGCUAGUGGCUCUUCUGAAGAACACGUGCCAGUAGAGCUUGUUUCUUUUGAUGUGGGCACACCAAGUAAGUCUCUCGUAGGAAACGGAUCUUUUCCUCCAAUGGCAGUCUCGUCGGAGUAUUUGCAUCCCACUCGGAACUCCAACAUUCCAGGAAAUUGUUCUCCAGUUUCAACAUUUUCUAGUAACCAAAAUAUUGCAUCCACGCCUAAAUCGAGUUUAGCAGCAUUACUGGCUACUUUCUCAAAAACACCAAAAACUCAUAGAGAGUUUGUGGCGAGAGAAAAUAAUUACAACAAAGAAACAGUAAACACUUCCUCAUCUGAGGCCUUUUCAGCAGAUGGUGAUUUAAUAGCAGUUAAAAAGAUUCUUGCAAUCGUUGACGAAACGGUUUCUAAGCAGCCACGAAGUUCAGAUUCGAGGAAUGGUCAGAGCAGACUUCUAUCAGAACUUUUGAGUGGACCAUCUUCCGUUAGUCCUCUGAACAUUCCUUUGAUAUCUGGUAACAAGACAGAACCGAAUCCAGAUGACCGAAGAAUUUAUCCUCUCAAUGAAGAACGGUUUGUACAUACAAUGAAUUUCGAUCGUCACAUCCAAUCUCUCAAAAUGGCAACUGAUGAAAAACUGUUGGAAAAUACUUCAUUAAAGAAUUCAAAUUUCGAAUAUGUUAAUAACUUAGAUAGCCCUAUUAUACAAUACCCCAGUACCACAAACCAGAACAAAGACACAAGUUAUUCAUACCUUGAAAUAUCUCUUCGAAAUGAGGGUGAAAACCCCAAAGGUUCCUACUUAAAAGAUGUAAGGAAUACUAUCGUUCACAAUACGCCAAGUGGAAAUAGGUUACAAUUACUAGAAGCUUUUCGUGACAGAAAUCCAAGUCCAACAAAGUAUGAAGUAACGAAGAUGGCAAGAGAAAUUGGUUGUUCCUCGCGGAUGGUGCAAAUGUGGUUUCAAGUAAGUAAGAAUGAAAACUUUCCCCCAGAUACUAUAGUCCAAUCACCAAACAAGACCUAUGCAAAAACAGGAUCACCUAUAUCCCACGAGGUCCAACCACAUUAUGGGGGUCACGUUUUAAACAUCCCACGCUACGAACCCCCAUCUCUGCUCAAGUUUCCUACCUGGUCAAGUUUUCAUUCAGAAUAUGAAGGUGAACUUGUUUCUGAUCGAGCUAUAGCGCCCUCUGCUCACUGCCAAGACCGUAAAGUUUCACCAAUUUUUUCACAAGAUGGCGCUGAGGAAUACAAGAUGCUCAAUAAUAAACUGGUUUUCUCGGACAAUGAUUUACCCCUUGACUUAUCGUUGAAAAAGGAACAGAAAAAUUAUUUUUAUGAAAAUAAUGAAACGCCGUAUAAAGUACCAACUUAUGAAGUCAUGAAUCUCAGUCAAAAAUCCAGUCGAGGAACAGCGACAUCCAAGGAGAGCACUGGACAAUGUCCUUCACUUGAAGGUCCUUUUGGAAAGGCACCAGUCUUCAAACGCAGCUGUGAAAACCAAGAUCCUGUCUUCAGAGUACUGACCAAAGAUAGGUCAACUGGCUCCGUGGUAUACAACGAUGCUGUAAUCUCUGAUCACUAUUGUUCUUUGCCAGGAGGAUCACUUUUGAUAGAUCAUUCUAAUUCCACAAGUCCUCAACAGGAUUCUCCAAUAACGUCUGUGAUUAUGGAUUCGAGAAGUUUAAGUCCUGCCAGUGGUUCUUCGUUAGAAUCAGAAAGUGAAGGUCCACAGUCCUCUCCUGCACAGAGCAGCCAGAAAGGAGGAUACAGUCCAGCGUCCUCUCCUGCACAGAGCAGCCAGAAAGGAGGAUACAGUCCAAUGUCCUCUCCUGCACAGAGCAGCCAGAAAGGAGGAUACAGUCCAGAGACAUUCGACCAGAAAAACUGUUCUUCUAACAGCAAUGACAGCUGGAAAAUGGCCAAAUCAAAAAAGUUCAGGAAAAAGGUACGGCUACUUUUACUUAAGUACUGCCUAAGACCUUACCAGUGCGAUGAAUGUAGUAAGGCUUUCAAACACAAGCACCACCUAACGGAACAUAAGAGAUUACACAGCGGCGAGAAGCCUUUCCAGUGUCGGAAGUGUCUGAAACGGUUUUCUCAUUCCGGCUCCUACAGCCAGCACAUGAACCAUCGGUUUAACUACUGCAAGCCGUGCCUACAGCCAGCACAUGAACCAUCGGUUUAA